GCUAAAUAUUCUACAAGUUAUUGAUACAUUAUCUUAGUGUGCUUCAUUGAGAGACAUGGUUUGGAGAGAAACAGAAUAGGCUCGAGUGCAACUACUAUCUUACAGAACCAUGUCUGCAGUGCUCAGCAACACAUGCCAGCAAACAAAAGAAAGUUCAAAAAGAAAUGAAAUUGCACGUCGACGAUGGAAGAUACUUGCACGUGCCCUUCAAAGAAGUAGUGAGGGCGAGACAAAUGAAGAUGAAGAUGUAUCUGUUCGACGCUUCACCUCAUUUCAUCUUUUCACAAUGAAAUUGUUACCAUCUUAUAAUAAUUCCACUAGCUCUGUGGCAUCAUGGUCAGAGUACUCAGUAGUCGUUGCACGUGAAAAAUAUUCCAUAUUUAUUCGCCACCCCUUUCCAAAUUUCACAGCCACAGAACUGAUGGGAUUCAAUAAUACAGGAAAUAUUUGUAUUUGGCCUUCAGAAGAAGUACUAGCAUUCUACGCACUGUGUAACUUACAACAGUUUGCUGGGAAAACAAUUCUUGAACUAGGGGGUGGCAGCACUUGUCUUGCUGGUCUUUUCCUUGCUAAAUAUUCAUCAGCUUUCAAGAUACAUCUUACUGAUGGAAAUGAAUCUGCCAUGAAAAAUGUUCAGUAUAUUGUUGAUCGUAACUUUCCACAGGGAAAUGACAGGCUUGUAUGUUCUGUAUUAGAAUGGGGAAGCUUUUGGAGGCUAGCUGUUAAUCAGCAUAUUAAGCCUUAUGACAUAAUACUGUCUGCUGAUUGUUUGUUCUUUGAUGAAGCAAGAAAUGAUUUAGUAGAGACUAUAUGGACAGUCUUGAGUGAAAAUGGGACAGCUUUUGUAAUGGCACCGCAGAGGGGUGAUACAUUUGACAAGUUUAGACAAGAGGCAAAGGCAAGGGGAUUUAUAUGUUCAAGCAAAAAGCAUUACAGUGAUCAUGUUUGGAACAGACACUUGCAGGUCAAACAAAGCUGUGAUUAUGAUGAAAAUAUCCAUUAUCCACUGCUACUUAUUUUGAAAAAGUCUAUGCCAGCAGAAAUUGGAGACCAAUUCAACCUCUAGGGAUUAUA